UAAUGGAAUCACGAUCCUACAAUUUCUCAACUGCCAAGAAGAGAUCAACACAAAUGGAAAGCAAAGUCAUUUUGUAUCAAUAUUGAAUAUUUUUAAGCUUCCCAAGAGAAGAUGAAAGUGCACCAAGAACUAUUAUAUUAAAAAAAGAAUGUCCAGGAGAAUUAUCUGCUUUUAAGGAAGUAAACGUUCAUCCAUAAUAUCAUUUAGUGUGUUAUUAGAACUAAGGAUGAAUCAAAAUGUAUGUCAUUUAAAGAUGGUAUCCAAUUUUACUAAAUUAAAUAGCUUUGUUGGAAUGUGGCAAGCCUGCUUUUAGAAAGGCCAAUACUACUCCUGAUUAUUAAUUCUGAG